AUGUCUCAUCAAACCGGUAUACACGCCACAUCUGAGCUGAAGGAAUUCUUGGCCAAAGCUCGAGGAGGGGCAAUAAGGAUAAUCAAAAUUGUCAUCAGGAACGAGCAGCUGGUGCUGGGUGCAUACAGAGAACCGUCGCAGAGUUGGGAGCGCGACUAUGACAACUUCCUGUUACCGCUGCUGGACGCAGGCGAGCCCUGCUACAUGCUCUACCGCCUCGACUCCCAGAACGCACACGGAUACGAGUGGCUCUUCAUCUCAUGGUCACCCGACAACUGUCCCGUGCGGCUGAAAAUGGUGUAUGCCGCUACGAGGGCCACGCUGAAGAAGGAGUUUGGAGGAGGACACGUCAAGGACGAGCUGUUCGGAACAGUGCAGGAGGACAUGAGUUACCAGGGUUACCUGCGCCACGUGGCCUCCUGCUCGGCUCCCGCUCCUCUGACCACCGCUGAACAGGAGCUGCACCGCAUCAAACUCACAGAGAUGAUGACGGAGAUCUGUGUGAGCAACAAGCUGCAGGGUCUCGCCUUCCCCCUGCAGGAGGAAGCCAAGAGGGCACUCGUGCAGCUCAAACACAAGCUCAUCAACUACAUACAACUGAAAGUGGACGUGGCGAAGGAGACCAUUGAGCUGGUCCAUACGACCCCCACGGAGACGAGGGACCUGCCCUGCCGAAUCCCCACCAACGCGCCACGCUACCACCUCUUCCUCUACAAGCACUCCCACCAGGGCCAGCACCUGGAGUCUCUGGUGUUCAUCUACUCUAUGCCGGGACACAACUGCACCAUCAAGGAGAGGAUGCUGUACUCCAGCUGUCUAAACCGGCUCUUAGAUGAGGUGGAGCGAGACUACCAUCUGGAAGUCGCCAAAAAAGUAGAGAUAGACAGUGGUGAAGGGUUGACGGAGGAAUACCUGUAUGAGGAAGUGCACCCCCAGAACAACGCCGUCAAGCAGACGUUCGCCAAGCCCCGCGGCCCCCCAGGGAAGAGGGGCAACAAGCGCCUCAUCAAGGGGGGAGGAGAGAACGGGGAGGAGAGCUAA